AUGAUUUCAAGUUUAUCGGGAAUAGUUCUUAUUGCGAAUCUGUGGAUUCUGGUGGCAGGUGGUCAACCAAACAACUGGAGCGGUUACUAUGUAGACAAUGGCACCCACUAUCUGCUCUAUGAGGGCCACGUGAAGCCCCAGACUUUUUUACCCGGAAAUAUAUCCACUAACCCCGCCAUAAAUGCUCUGGAGGCACAGGACUACCUGCCAACUCGAAUAGUGAACGGCAAGAAGAUCAAGUGCUCCAGGGCACCAUACCAGUGUGCUCUUCACUACGAUAAUUACUUCAUUUGUGGUUGUGUUAUACUUAAUCGGCGAUGGAUUCUAACUGCCCAGCAUUGCAAAAUCGGCAAUCCGGGAAGCUGUACAGUUCGAGCGGGAUCAACGCAGCAGAGAAGAGGCGGUCAACUUCGACAGGUUCAGAAAACUGUGUGCCAUCCGAACUACAGUGAAUACACCAUGAAGAACGACUUGUGCAUGAUGAAGCUGAAGACUCCACUGAAUCUCGUCCGGUGUGUUCAAAAGGUGAAGCUUCCCUCCACGAGAACGAAGCGAUUUCCCAAAUGUUACCUGGCCAGUGGGUGGGGUCUGACCUCAGCCAACGCCCAGAAUGUCCAACGAUAUCUGCGAGGCGUGAUAGUGUGCAAGGUGAGGCGAGCCAAGUGCCAGCAGGAUUAUCGGGGCACCGGGAUCAAGAUCUACAAGCAAAUGAUCUGCGCCAAGCGAAAGAACCGAGACACUUGCUCCGGAGACUCCGGAGGUCCACUGGUCCAUAAUGGCGUGCUCUACGGAGUGACGUCGUUCGGAAUCGGAUGUGCCAGAGCCAAAUAUCCGGGAGUAUAUGUCAAUAUGUUGCAAUAUACUCGCUGGAUUAAGAAGGUUGCAAAGAAUAAUUAA